AUGUUGUCCAACAAGCGAAAGAGCAAGAAGCUGAACCUGCUGAAGGACCAAAUGUUCCUCACGAAAAAGUACGUUGACAUGAACGACCCCAUAUACGAUAGCGAAAUAGAAGAUGAAAACUGCUUCUACACGGUUGUCAACAAAGAGGAAAUAGAAUACUCACAGAAGGUGUGUGAGAUGAAAACCAAAAUGUUCGAAGAUAUGAAUAUUUUGUCAUUUGAAGAUUUCGAAAAAAAAUGCGACACGCUGAUUAACAACUUUUUUGUUAGCUUCAAUUUUCAAGAAUUUAUUGAAGACUUAAAAGAAUUAAAUGUGAAGAAGUAUAACGACUUUUUAGUUUUGCAGCUGAUUAAAAAGUCUUUCGAUAAGGAAGAUGAAUGCCAAAUUAAUGUGUCUUGUUUGCUAAAUGUUUUAAACAUCACCAAGUUGAUUACCCCAGAACAAGUGCAUAGAGCGUUUGAAAAAGUUUUGCUAAGCUUGGACGACAUUAAGCUGGACUGCCCUUUGUGUUACGAAGUUUUUUUAAAGUACAUUAGAUUUAGUACACUGGACAAUGUGAUAGACAAGAAUUACAUUUUGAAAUUGCCCACUGGCUUUUUUGACUCGUUGAAUUUGGACAGCUGGGAUGAAAAGGAAUUGGCCUCACAGAGCUCGAAGGAUAGUGAACACGCAGUGGACAAGGUGGGCUGCACCAACGGGAUGGUCUGCACAAAUGGCACGCUAUCGACAAAUGGAGCGCUAUCGACAAAUGGAGCGCUAUCGACAAAUGGAGCGCUAUCAAAAAAUGGAGCGCUUUCAACAAAUGGAACGAUUUCAACAAAUGGGGCCCUGGCAACAAACGGAGUAGUGUCCAACAAGCUGGAUGAGAACCACUUGUACGCGCAGAAUCUCGAAAAUGUAGAAGAGAAAAAGAAGCUGAAGGACGAAAUGUGGAAGGACACGGUGCUGUGGGUGCUGGACCUAAACAUGAAGCAAAUGCAGAAAGAAAAAAAAGAAUUUAAGCAAAAGUCAAGGGACUUUCUAAUGGACUUCUUCAACGAUGGAGACACAAAUGAGGUCAUCGAAUUUUUAAACAGCACAAACCCUUUGUUUCAUUAUGAGUUCAUAAGGAUAAGUAUUAUAGAGUCCUUUAGUAAAAAUAAUAUAUGCCGAAAGUACAUCUCCUACUUGCUGGACAAUUUAUGCGAAACUUACUAUUUUAAGAAUGACAUUAUUAUAGCCUUCAUAAGAAUUAUAGGCUACAUCGACGACUACGAAAUUGACUUCCCACAUGCAAAGGAAAUGGUGUGUAAAUUUUUGCUCAGAUGUAUAUAUGAUGACGUACUUUAUCCAGCCUUUCUAAGUGAUAUAUACAAACUACACAUUGGUGGCAUGACUGGCAUGAUGAUUUGUAACAAAACGCAACAACGAAUUCAUAACAAGAAAAAAUUGAACUUGAACAAUAUUAAUUACAUGUGGGAUGAAGAUGAUACGUAUGAAAAAAUGAAAUUAAAAAGAAAAAUUAAUAACACUUUAUUAGAGUACUUUUAUUCUUACAUAGAUGAACAAGAAUUUUAUUUACACAUCGAUGAAUUUCUACCCCACUAUCAUGAUUUGUGCAAUUACGUCGUUAAGAAGAUAUUCGUAUUGAAUGUUGAUAUUAACAAUGACUUGAAUAUGUCUUUCAAAUUGGUCGAUUAUUUGAUGAGCAGAACUUUUAUCACUGAAAAAAAUGUUGAGGGGGGAGUCAUGGAGGUCAUGAACUCACUUAAGGACAUUGUGCUGGAUAUUCCAAAGUACCCAGAAGAAUUUCGUAAAAUUUUGAAUUACCUUCAUGAGAAGAAGUACAUUUCGCAGGGCACCUUUGACGGGGUCUCCAAGGAAAUCGUAGCGUUUGCUAUGUAG